GUUUCGGUUUGAGGUGGACGAUGCCGAGCUGCAAGAUGAACCAUUGCAAAUACGUUUGAUGGAUUAUGACACAUAUUCUGCAAACGAUGCUAUUGGCAAAGUGAAUAUAAGCUUGAAUCCAUUAUGCUUGGAAAUGUCUGGAUCGACUUCGCAUGGAAAGGGGACAGUGCUAUCUGGUUGGAUACCAGUUUUCGAUACAAUGCAUGGUAUACGUGGUGAAGUCAAUGUGAUUGUCAAAGUAGAUCUAUUUUCUGAUUUAAACAAAUUCAGGCAGAGUUCCUGUGGCAUACCAUUCUUCCACUCACAAUGUAUACCAUUUGGCUAUCGCGCGCAGAUGAUACACGGUUUCGUUGAGGAGCUUGUGGUCAACGAUGAUCCCGAAUAUCAAUGGAUAGAUAAGAUUCGUACACCACGCGCUUCUAAUGAAGCCAGACAGGUUGUGUUUCUGAAAUUGUCGGGACAAGUACAACGAAAAAUGGGUCUCAAGGCCAUUAAUAUGGGCGCGAAUGCCGUUAUUGGUUAUACGCAAUGCUUUGACUUGGAAGGAGAUGUCGGUGUGGUGGCGCGUGGCAUUGGUACCGCGGUGACAUUGAUCAAAGAUACAACCAGCAGCCAGUCAACGGCGACAACAGCAGUGGCAGAUAAUGCGCUAAUUGAAGAGUGAGUACUGCUUUGUAUGAAUAUCUAAUUUGCAUACAUAUUUAGUCGACUUUUUUAAUUUUCCUUAUAUGCCUAUAUGUACUGUAUUUGUGUGUGUGCGCGAGUUUGUGCGCUAGAGCCGUUGUGCCUGCGAAAGCAUAAAGCAUUUAUUGGUGGCAUACGUAAAUACACGCGCACUUACACACACGCGCACUAUCAGCAAUGUUUGCAGUUAUUUUUACGACAAUGAUGCAUAGACAUCCGUAUGUAGUCGUUCAGAUGAAUAAGGCCAAGGACAAGAGCGUGCUUACAUGCAUAUGCUUAGAGCUUCGUGUGUAGGCAUAUGUGUGGCAUCAUCUCUCCAUUUUGCUAUGGUAUAAAGUUGAGUUUUAACGAAAAACAUGUAUCAUUAUUAGAAUACAUACUAUUUUCUAGUAUAACUACAUAACGAAAACAUCAAUGCUUUAACAUUUGCAGAGGUUACUUUAAAGUACGACAUGGCGAAUGAGUGAUGUGCUACACAACAAUAAUUUUUUUUCGAUUUGCCAUCGCCAAUAUGUAUGGCAUUACCCAAACGUACGUACGUACCAUGAUAAAAACAUAACAAGGUAAAACCAUUGAGAGGCAGUCUGACGUUUGCCAUCAAUAUAAUUUUAAAACA